GAGACCGUCCGUACGUCCGUCAUGGCGGAUAAUGUUUUCGUCCCGUGAUACGCCGACUCGCGAUCGCAUCGGCUCAUCGAUUCGGCCGGUCGCAGACACGACGACGAGGACGACGAGGACGACGGCGGCGACGUUGGAUCGCGCUCGAUUCGGUGAAAGCCCGGCGAUCAUCCCGCGACCAUGGACACGCGCGGCAUCGAGGUCACGAAUCAGCUUCGGAGCGCCAUUCGCGCCAAGCUCAUGGAACUGGGGGUGCGUUACGACGAGGAGCUGCCCGACUACAUUCUGGUGAUGGUGGUCAACAAGAAGUCCCGCCAGCAGAUGCACGACGACCUAAAUCUGUUCCUGGAGGGCUGCACGACCGUGUUCGUGGACUGGCUACACGAUCAGGUGCUCAAGAAGCUGCAGAAGGUCACCGUGGCGAAGAAGAAGUCGUCCCGCGAGUUCGUGCCUACCGUGGUGGUGAAGCAGGAGGAGGAGAGGAAGAAGAAGAAGAUAAUCGCGACCUCGUUCCUGGAGGACCAGGCGGCGGAGCAGAGCUCCUCGGCCGUCGACCGGUUCGCGGACAAGAACGCGAAGGUCGACAAGCAGCCGGCGGCGCAGAAGCCGCAGACGGUCAAGCCUUCCGUGUCGAAUCAAAACCGGGAACGAAGUCACAGCAGGAGCGCGGAGAGAAGCGUCAAGGGUGCGCACGGCAGGAACAAAACGGAGGAGGCGUCGUCGGCGCACGGAUCUCACCAGGACUCGGCCUCCUCGAGGAGGCAGCAGCAGCCGAGUUCCGGGCGCGACGAGACCUCGGCGAGGGACGUCGCCGCGUCGGAGAAUCCCGCCGCGAGGAGCGCGGACGCGAAAGCGAGCGAGGCGCCGGACAAGAGUCUGAAGAGAACGUUGGAGGCGUCGGGCAGUCGUCACGAUAGCGCGGAGAGAAGGAGCAGCGAGGCGAAGCGGCCGAGGCCGUCCGAGGAGAAGGAAGACGCGAAUGCGUCGUUGUCCUCGCCGGACACGGCCUCGAGGAAGCUCAAGUCUUGCGUCAACAAACCGAGGAUCACGUCGGUUGUGUCGGUGAAGACCCGGCUCGGCGUGCCGUCGCCGCGAAAGAAGUUCGAGAUCUACAGGGAGAAGGAGGGCAACGGCCGCUACCGGCCGUUGGAGAAGCGGUUCGAGAAGCCGCGUCGCUACGACGGCAACAUCGGACGUGGCGGGAAGGGCAGGAACUUCGAGAUGGACGAGCGGAGCUCCAGGCGGAAUCGCGACGGCGACUCGUUGCGGCAUCACGAGGCCGCGGCCAAGGUCAACGACGUGAGGAGUCGAAUAGAGAGCAACAAGAGCGAGCGACUUGGCAGAAACGCGGAGUCCAGGGAUAGGAUCCUGAAUCCGAUCUCCAAGGCGGACGUGUCCGCGAAAAAGCCCGCGUUCAACAUUAAGGAUCGUCUGGGCGUCGUGGGUGGCAACAGUAAGGUUCAGAGACAGUCCGCCAAGUCGCAGGAGGCGGCAGAUUACAGGAACAACCCAAAGAGCUUGGAGCAAGCGGGAAACAACAAUAAGAACAUCAAAGACAGACUCGGCCCGUUGAAAAAUAACUUCAGGCCGAUGCGUAAGCAGAGGCAGCCUCGCAGCAACGAGGACGUCGAAGCUCUAGCCUCUCUGAAUCCAGACGCCGAAAGGGACGAAGAAAAGGACGAGAAAGAGCAGGAGGACGAAGCGGACAACGACGAGCAGUCGCUGUCCGGACCCGUCAAGUCGCACAUAGUUGCCGUGAACAGAUCGGCGGCCUUCGCCGCCGCGAGGACUGAGAGGAAACGUAUGAAGACGUCGAACAACGCUCCGUUUGGCGCGGCUCAGGGUAUCGGCUAUCUGGCACACGGGAGCGCAAAGUUACAGCUGGACAAGAUGGAUAAAGGAACGUGCAGCGACGUGGACGAGGAUACCGACGACACGAGGCUGCCGAGUAAAGUGAUUGUCACGCCGAGACCUCUGAAACCGCUGCAACCAGCGCAGAAGCGCGCCACGCAGUCGCUCUUGUUGCGGGCAGUCGCGGAGGCGAAUCAGUCGGUCGUCAAGCAGAAGAACCCGGAACCGUCUCUAUUCGACAAGAAGCCGGUCUUAAAGCGUCUUAAGCCUGCCCCGGCUCGUGAUGUAAGUCAAAACUUGUCGGUACAUUUUAAUUCUAGUAAGAGACUGGUCAUGGAAAAGAUUCAAGUCGAAUUAAAUACGAUAGAUCAUCUGGAUGUGGAAGACGUCGAGCACGAACCUUAUGUACCUCAACCGGUAACGGACGAGCAUAUGGGAGUCGUGAUGUCGUUGUUCCAAAGGAGCGACGACAAUCAGAAAUUCUUAGUCACUUUGAAUGGAUACAACAACAAUCUCAUGAAAGAGAAGGUCAACAAUCUCCUCAGCUCCGAGGACGACGAGGAGCGGCUGGAGAUGGAGGUGAACGAGGACGACGAGCUUGCGCUGCUGACGACGCACAAUGAGGCGACGGCGGCGGCGGCGACGGCGCAGGACGACCUGGAAAUUAGUAUAUUUAGAAUAUCGGACGAAGCGGAAGAUAACGCGGACGCGAGUCCGAAGGAGACGAGCGGCGAGGAGAACAAUGAGAACUGCAACACGGAGAACAUGGAUAAGACUGACGAGAUGCCGCGUAAACGGAGAAAAUUGAGCCCUAUAGUAUACAACAGAUCUCACUCUCCGAGUCCCACGCGAUUGAAAUCUAACGCAGCGCUAGUGCCGACGUUAGCCGCCAAACCUACGGAUAAAAAACCGUCGGUGGAGAACACGGCCCCGCCUGUUCUGGACAAGUCCAGGGAGAACUGUAGAUACUGGCCGAAUUGUACACUAGGGAACAAAUGCGCGUACCUUCAUCCACCUGUUAUGUGCAGUGCCUUCCCGGCAUGCAAGUUCGGCGACAAGUGCGCCUACAAGCAUCCCAAGUGCAAGUUCGGUUUGUCCUGCACGAAGCUGGGCUGCGUGUUCUCGCAUCCCGCCCAGCAGUGUAAGUAUCAUCCGUUCUGCACGAAACCGGCGUGUCCGUAUUCCCACCCGGUCAGUUCUGCUCCGGCGGCGGAAUCGACGAGCCAACGUGCGAAGUUCACUUGGCGACGACGAGACUGAGCGUACUUCCGCAGAUGUACAAACCUGGAUACGUCUGUUCUGAUCGGAUCGAGGUUCUGAUCCGCGAAAAAUUAUCUUGUACAGGUCAAUGAUGAGACGUUCAAGCUUAAGUAGCGUUAAGCUGACACCGAGUUACCGCAGCGAAGCUAGUUUCGCGAUUGAAGAAUGCGUCUAGAAGAGAGAAAAGCUUCGUCAGUACAAGUGCGAUUUAUUGCAUCAGACUGUAAUUCUACUUUCUCUCAAAUUGAGAAUCCUAGCAAGACAGAAGGAAAACUUUCGAAAUAUUCUAAACAAUGAAAAUUAAUCGUUUCAUCUGAUUUGAACGAUAUUUAAAGUAAUUGUUAAAGCUUUAAUUUGAUUUAAUUUAGAUUGUACGUUAGAUCGCCGAUUUAUAUAUGUAUACCUCCCUGUUGAUUUAUCGCCUUAGGCUAAGAUCGCGUGCGCCGUCAGUCGAACUGAUCGAUUUGCUGCCAUUCUUAGAUUAUAUAUUCUAUUGGUAAUGUGAAGGAGUCUGGUUUAGUUAACCAGGGUUAACCGACGCAACUGGUCCUGGGGUGAUCAUAGAACUCGUUCUCCUUUAAGGUCGACCUCACCGAGACAUUCUCGUCUCGAUUUAUGUAUAUGAAUAUGUUCGAAAAUAUGUAUUGUCAAUCGUACGAUUCUAGUAUGUCGUCAAUAUACAUAUAUAUAAUUAUAUAUAUAAUUAUUUACGUGUAAUGAACGGCCAGGAGAACGAUAAUUAGGUCUGCUCUUUUUAGCCGAGAUUUUGUUGUAAAUCUUUUGCAUUUUUAUCUUUGAAUCGUUUGUCCUUUUCUUUCCACCGAAGUCCGUCGAAGUGUGUGCUUCGCUUCGGGUAAACUGUGCGAGGGCAUAGUUGGGAGGAACAGAUCUACCGUGUACUGUCUCACGUCGAGAGCGAGUAUAACGAUCUUGUCAAACGUGGAUGCCUGUGUUCGCGUUAUAGUAAUUAGUUGUGCGCUCGUUUUGGGAGUACCGGCGAGAUCUCUUUGCCGCGAGUUGGAACAUCCUCGUCAGGCGACUUAAUCCGCUUUCGAGCGGGGCAAAAUACGGUUGCUUUAUCACGUGCCGUGCACUCGACGCCCGCGGUCGAGGCGUGAUAAAAGUCAGGUACUUCGUUGCUCGACCACCGUUUAUGUAAUUUAACUGUAUAGGAUCUAAGUAUAGAAAGCGAAGGUGGUUUCCAUAUUAUUUUACCUAGUGUUAGCGAGCGGUGAGUCGCCCAUGAGAUGUACAAUAUUAUUGAGACUUGUCAUCAUCAGAAACAAAUAUACGAUGAUUUCUGUAAAACGCA